AUGAUCCGUGGGCUUGAAGGGUUCUUGCAAGAAGCGCAGCUGCUCCAAGAGGAGUCUUUGAGCGCUCUGAAGAAUACGCGCCUAGGCAUCGACCUCUCGUACUAUCUUCGGCAUAUCCUUGCGUCGAAAGAGAGGGCAGAGCCCUUGGUGACCGCGAUUGGGGGCCCGCCCCUGGCGCUGGUCUCGCACAUUGAGGAGGAUCUGCGUGUGCUGGAGCAGCACCGCAUCAAGCCUGUCUAUGAGGACCGCCGUCCGGGACUGCGCAACCGCGCGUGGGAAGCGUACGAGGCUGGCAACGUGACGCUGGCGAACCAGAACUUUGCUGCCAGCAAUAGUGUGCACUUCCCUGAUCUGUACCGCAGCGUGCUGCGCAUGAUCCGGCACCGCCAGAUCGACUAUGUGGUGGCACCGUACCAGGCGACGGGCCAGUUGGUGCUCAUGGAGCGUCAUGCCAAGCAGUACGUGCAUGCUAUCUAUGGUCCCAUGGAGCUGUUCGCCUUUGACGGCAUCGACAAUGUGAUUCUUCACUUGAAUUUGCGCCAGGGCAAGUUCCAGUUCGCGUCGAAGCGGGCCAUGCUGCGGGAGCUGCAGUGUGGGGAAGCGGAGUUUCUCGACACGGUCCUGCUGGCCGGCAUGGAAUAUUGCUCGACCUUCCCUGCACUGCAGGAUGAGUCGACGGGCCUGAUGCAUACGCCUGGGGCGCCAGGCAUCCGCGCCCUCUCGAUGCUCGUCAAGCAGAGCCGUGGUGGGUUUAUGCUGUGCAGCCAGUUUGCCGAGCACCCGAUGGUGGCGAAGACGGCGUACCUGGAUCAGUUCUGUCACGCGCGUGCGAUGAUCAAGUUCAGCCUGGUGCUCAGCCCGGACGGCGGCGUCGUGGUGCCGCUGCCGCUGGCGCUGCAUGAGAAAGGGCCCAAACCAGAGAUCCCCAGCGACCUGCACGAGAUUUUCUCGUUCCGUCUCCCCGACCAGGUGUUGCUGUACCUGUCGCGGGGUCUGAUCAGCUCGAGUGUGCUGGGCAGCCUGCUGAGUGGCUACGUGAUUGAGUCGGCGCCCCUCGACAAUGGCGACACAGAAGAGUACCGCCAGUUUGUGCGCGAGUACCUCACCGAGGGAGCCACGAGCCCCCGGUGCGUCGCGAUUGCGCGGGCGUGUGGUGCGCUGCAUCCUUUCUGGCGGCAGCGCAAGGUCUCGGCGGUGUACUGGUUCCAGCCGCAGGUGGAUGCGCCGGUGCCCCACGAUGCGCCUGCGACGCAGCAGCUGCUUGCGCAGAACGACCAGUGGCAUGUGCCCGCUGCCUUGCUGGACGAGGAGCUGCGCCGCCAAAACUCGUCGACGAUCGACCUCCCGCUGUGCCUGAAUACGACCGCGGACCCCGUGCGCGCGCAGCGCACGUUUGCCGCGAAGGACACGCCGGUGUGCCUGGAGCGCAAAGACGAAAUGGUCGCCAACACAUUCUGGCGCAUGCUCGAGCUGCGCGGCUUCUUGUCGCCGCAGCACACACACACAGCGUACGGGCGUGCGCUGCAUGUGGCCACGCAGCAGCUCCGAGUCAACGACCGCCUGCAGGAGCCGCUGUACCUCGCGCUCGAGCUGAUCCGCGCAGGUGUGCUGCACGGGGAGCCCUACAGUGGAAAGAGCCACAGCGGCGGCCCGUCGUUCGGCACCGACGAGGAGAUGCAGCAUGUCCUCCUCGCGAUGCGGGCGAUGAGCCUGAUCCCCAUGGCCUACAAGCCACAGGCGUGGGAGGCGCCGCUCUCGCGCGAGCUCCUCGUGUUCAACUCGUUCGCCAAGAGCCUCUCGCGCUCGCUGCGCUCGCUUGCCGAAAUGGUCACGCUGUCGCUGCUGCUCUCCUCGGAAAUGCGCCAGCAGCGCGACGACUAUUUGGACAUUAGCCUGAGCCUGCCGUUCCAGGCAGAUACCAACACCGGCAUGGGCAUCGUAUUCAAGUGCUACUUGGAUGCGCUGUACACGCUGCACGGCGGCCCCGUGCAGCCCGGCGACGAGGCGUCCGCCGACGUCGCCGAGGCCAAGUCGACGGUCGUCGACAUGCUCGUUGAGACGUUUGAGAACGUGCGUGAUGUCGGCCACGAGCUGCGCCGCGCCGGCCGCUUCUGGGCCGCGCUGACCGCGGGUGUAGAUGUGCUCGCGAACGAAAAGGCCAUCGACGCGAACGUCGUCGAGCAGUUCCACCGCGCGGACGCACAGCUCCAGCCGAUGUGGCUUAUGUAG